UUUAGUUAUGUCUUGGAUUAGUCAGCUGCUAGCUUAGGGGGCGCUACAUGGCCAGUCUUUGAUGAUUUUGAGUACAAUGCAGGAGGCUACUAUUCAAGAGAUGCUUGAGUACAAUCAAGAAAACAGCUGGAAUUUUGUUUUUUCCAGGAACUUAAAGGAUGAGGAAAUAGAGGAUGUUGCUCAUUCUCUGGAUUUGAUUUCAAUCUUUAGAAGGGGUGAUGCUGAGGACUAUAAAGUUUGGCAGAAUGGUAACAAGUCUUUUUCCGUGAAAGAGUGUUACAAGGAUUUGGAGGUACAAGGACUGAUUUACUUUCCAUACAAAUGUGUGUGGAACCCCAAAAUACCACAGAAGAGAGCUUUGGUUCUUUUUGUUGUCAGGUUACAAUCUCCAAUGGGUGUUUCAAGAGUCAGUCAGAGACACAAGUUGGGAGUGGAAAAGAAAGAAAGGUUCAAAGUGCAGUUUGAAGCAAAAGGUUUGGGACAUUAUUCCAUUUGCUAUAUGAUGGGCAGUAUGGUUGGAAAGAAAUGCCAGGGUAUUCAAUGGGAAGUACAAAACUUUAGAUGAAUUGAAGGAUAGUGUCAAGGUUUUGAUCUACAACUGGUGCACAUGAACUAAUAUUUUUGAG